CGUAUUUGAAUAAAUAUAUAUAUCUGCGCUUUACCUCAUUGCAGGCCGAGACACUAUUAGAUUUGUCUUGUCUUGCGCAAGUAUCUCGCAGAAUUUAUCCUACUGCCCACCUUUGAACAACAUGGAGGAAAACAGUAUCGUACAGUUGAGUUCGUCCGUCAAUGACGAAGUACCCUUAGAUAAGAAAUCGCCAAAUCCCCCUUUCGCUUCUAGUAGCGGCGAGAAAGACCAGAUAAAGGGUGAAAUGUAUGAUCGGAAAGAGAGUACCAAGAGCCGACGUUCGAGGCGUCAUAGCCUACCGCGGGUCAUAGCAGAGGAUGGUACCGAUAUUACGUUCGAUCCAUCCGGUGGCAUGUGGGGUGACUCCGGCGCUGCUGAUCACGAGACCGUGUCUAUUGACGGCGACUCGACUGUCAAACGCGUAGGUAUGAUGUGGGAGAACAUUAACUUCUCUGUGGAAGUUGGUGGCGGCGGCCUGUGUGGGAAGAAGGGAUCUGACAUGAAGCUGUUAUUGCGAGACGUCGGCGGAUAUGUCGAGCCCGGUAGUAUGCUGGCUAUCAUGGGGGCAAGUGGUGCUGGUAAGACCACUCUCCUCAAUCUGCUGGCCGGUCGAUUGACGAGCACGGGCAACUGCCAAACCGAGGGGCGUAUCUAUGUAAAUGGCAAGAAGCGCGACUACCAACAGUUCAAGAAGUAUAGUGCGUACGUCAUGCAAGACGAUGACAUGUUCGCCGAGAUGACGGUGAAAGAGACCAUCACCUUUUCGGCCAAGCUGCGCCUUCCCGCAUCAGUGUCGGCGGAAGAGACGAAAGUGAGAGUGGAUUCCUUGCUUGCUGAGCUCGGGCUUGCACAUGUGCAAGAUUCAUAUAUCGGAAAUGCUAUCCUGCGUGGCGUGUCCGGUGGUGAGAGAAAGCGGGUCAAUAUCGGUACUGAAUUGGUGACGGAGCCUUCGUUGGUGUUCAUGGACGAACCAACGACUGGCCUGGAUUCAUUUAAUGCGUUGAAUAUUGUCUUUACGAUGAACAAACUGUGCCAGAACAACAGGACAAUUGUCACCACCAUCCACCAACCUCGCUCGAACAUCUAUGGGAUGUUUGACAAUCUCCUGCUGCUCUCCAAGGGACGAGUGGUGUAUUUCGGAGGUGCUGAGGAGGCCGUCGAUUAUUUCUCGAAACUGAAUUUCGUGGCUCCCUCGCAUUUCAAUCCAGCGGAUUACUUCAUCGAUCUGCUCUCAAUAGACUCGCGCACGGACGAAACGCGCGACAUCUGUUUGGCACGUUUGGAAUACCUCUCGGAUCACUAUCAUCAGAAGGAGGCAUCGAAAUCAACAAAGAAUAUGAGCACAUUGUUGCGAAAAAAGGAUGCGGACGAGGCUGCUGCCAAUGUUGAAGGAGCGAACGGAAAGAAACAACAUAUGAAUAUGAAUCAUCACCAGAACAGCUGGGGUGCGGAGUUCUUCAUUCUGUGCGGAAGGACGAUAAAAUUGAUGUUGCGUGAAAGGCAGUCGAAUAUGGCGCGUAUCUUCCAGACCCUCUUCUUCUCCAUCCUGCUGGGUCUGAUUUGGUUGAAUCAGGGACGAGACUACUUUGAUGAUCCUUACAAUCCUAGCGAGAGUGAGGCAAGAAAUCUGAUGGGUAUCUUCUUCUUCCUCGUAAUUAAUGUUUCCUUUGGAGCCGUUUUUUCAGUGCUAUUUGUAUAUCCCCUUGAAAGAAGCAUUGUACUCAGGGAACGAGCCAGUGGUAGUUAUCGAGUGACUUCGUACUUUCUCGCAAAGACCAUCGUGGAGGUGCCGAGGAAUUUGAUUAUUGUGGCCAUCAACUGUCUCAUCGUUUACUGGAUGGUCGGGCUCAAGGCUGAGGUGGGAGCGUUCUUCUUCUUCUACCUGGUGCUGCUAUUAGGUGUGCUGGUCGCUGAAUCGAUGACGCUCUGCAUUUCGACGAUAUUCCCCGAUCCCCAAACAGCAUCUGCAUUUAUUCCUGUUCUUAUCGUGCUGUCUAUGUUGUUUGGUGGAUUCUUUAUUGAUGGCGAUUCCAUUCCCGAUUACCUCAUCUGGCUGGAGUAUCUAUCGUACAUCAAGUACGGCUUCCAAGCCAUUGCAAUGAAUCAGUUCUCCGAGGAAGGCACCACUGGUUACAACGCUCUGAGAGCCUCUGGCCUUGAUGAUUUCAGUGCUUGGGCGAAUGUGGGACUUCUCUUUUGCUUCUAUAUUUUCUGGCGAGUACUUUGCUACUUCAUUCUGCGUAUGAAUGGCCCAAAAUACGAUCGAAAUCUUUAAGUUGGAGGUCAAGAAUCAAAUCUAAGGUUUCGUUGUUCAUUUACAAAUGCAAAUCAAAUUUAAUUUAAUAAACUCAAUCUAGUUAUAAA